GCUUGCUGGCUGCUCGCCAACUACGUCAAAGACGACGGAGCUCUGUCUGUCUGUCUAUACCAAUAAUCGUACUCCCACGCUCUUUUCAUACUCCGCCGACCUGCCAUCAUGUCGAUAGACCCGCCGGCAUAUAUUGUCUCGCUGCAGAACAACAUUCGCGCGCGGCCCAUAUCAUGGGAGGGAGCUGUGCGAGCGAAGACCAUCACUGAUGAGGACCUAAAGAAGAUCAAGGCGAUCGACAAGGUGCGAAAGGAGCAGCGGAAACAGACCAUCGAGAAUUAUGUCCAGACAUACACUGCCCUGCUCCUUGGGGAGGGCCAGACCCGAAGCAUCUUCGAGAGCGCGGCCAAGAGGACAGACAUUCUCCAGUACAUGCUGGUCCUGACUGGAGAUAUUGUGGAUGACAUUCCCGCCCUGACCGAGUCUCUCAUCAAGCACCCACACCCAUACAAACCACUGCUUCCACUCCUCAAACAGUCGAACAACCCCGAAGACCCCAUUCCUCUCCUCACAUCCUCCGUGCUCGCCUCGUUGCUGUCGCACGCUCUUGUUGCACAAUCCAAAUCCAACCCUGAGAUCGACGAAGCCCUACCGAAGCUCUACUCCUACGUCGCCGAGCUGGCCAAGACAUCCGACUCCAACCUCCAAGACAUCGCGGUGCAGGAAUACAGCGCGCUGUUGAGGACCUCCAAGUCAAGACAGCAAUUCUGGAAACAACGGAAAGAGACGCUUGGCCCCUUGAUGGAGGUGCUGCACAACGCAACAGGUGGAAAGGACUCGGACAGCACAAUGUACAAUGGUGGCUCAGCCGCAAGCAUACGCAGCAUGCCAGAGUCAAUCAAGAUCAGCGGUGUCGGGUUGCAGCUGCUAUAUCACAUUCUCAUGGUGCUGUGGCAGCUGUCGUUCGAGGGUAAGCUCGUGGGAAAGGGUUUGGACGAAGAGCACGACAUUGUGCCACUAUACACCCAGCUUCUACGAAUCUCGCCCAAAGAGAAGACAACGCGCUUACUUCUUGGCACGCUCAACAACCUGCUCUCAUCUAACAAGACGACACUAAUGCCUGCUGCCCUUCCCGCGAGAUUGCCUGCAGUACUCACAAAUCUCAAAGGCAGACAUUUGACGGAUGAGGACCUGCUAGAGGAUCUCGAAAGUCUGAAAAACAUGGUCGACGAGUACACGAAAACCCAGACGACCUUUGACGAAUACGCCGCAGAGGUCAACUCUGGGCAUCUCCGCUGGUCGCCGCCCCACAAGAACGAGGCUUUCUGGCGGGAAAACGCGCAUCGCAUCAUCGAGGAGGAGAAGGGUGCUCUGUGCAGAAAGCUGGCAGAGAUCAUGUCCAAAGACUGGGCAAACGACAAGCAAGUUCUCGCAAUCGGCUGCAGCGAUGUCGCCAAUCUGGUGAAAGUAUGUCCAGAGAAGCGAACACAGUUGGAGAAAUUUGGGCUCAAGUCCCGGGUAAUGGCACUCAUGCAGGAUGAGAAUGAAACCGUAAGAUGGGAGAGUUUGAGAGCGGUGGGCGAGUGGCUGCGGUAUAGCUUCGAGCAGUAAGUCAGGCAAACUGUAUGGUAGAGACACAAAGACUACUGAUUCAAGAUUCCACACACAUCCCGCGGGGCUGCGUGCGUUCUCUAUUGCAUUCCUACUAAUGACAGCUGUAACUUUGUUGACCGAUCUGGAGACUCGCGAGCGCACGUGGCGAGUAUCAGCGACGAAUGCCAGCGACUUGAACUCCCCCACGACUUCUAUCGCGAGCUAUGUUGCAGCAAAGCAUCUACGCGAAUGCGCGGCAGAUCAGUUUGCAGCCGGGAUAUAUCUAAACUAACAGAAUGAUCAUGAGGGCACUCAUAUACGACGUCCAAAUACACUGACAGAACAUGGAACAUGGUCGCCACUUCCAGACAAGCUGCGACGGCAGUGAACACUGCAGAGGUAUCUGGAAAAAGGUCAUAGCGUGUCGCAGCACCUCGCCCCGCGCCCAAGACAGCAACUUCUCGCCCUCUGAAAAGUCUCAACGCAUAACAACAAGUGGACUUACCCAAGCAGCCGUCGGAUAUCAUGAACCCUUUAUCGCCAAGCCCGUCGCCACGAGAUAGGUU